AUGGACACUACCUCCCACGAUGACGAGAUGCUUACACUAACACUGGAAGACGUCGAGGAAUCAGAUCGUCGUUUGCAGCCCAAACAAUGCACCACAGAGACGUCCACAACAUUAGAGACCUUCACUCACGUGAAUGUAGAACAGAAUGAAGCUCUUUCGAUGCCAUUGACACUGCCUGCAUCACCUGCUCUCCUGCCUCUGGCCUCAUUGCCCACUACUGCGACAAUUGAAAAUCGUGCAGCAAUAUUGCGUUUUAUAGCGCUCGAACGACAAGGUGUAGCAGUCAAUGAGCAGUAUUAUCAUAGUACUACUGGGGAUUUUGACGCCGAGAUGCAGAAGUCGAACGAGGAAUAUCGACGCUUAACCGAUGCAAUUAAUUUGAACAUACCGAACGAUACCGGUAUAGUUCCCGGUCGACUAGUUACCGCACACAAAGGUAAAAAAAGAAAACAAGGUACCAAUGUGAGUAUCGAUUUACAGACCAAGAUCCGUAUUAUUGAAGUGGCUGAGCAAUAUCAAUACGAUCCAAAAAGCUCAAAUCGUAGCAAACAAGAAGGUGGAGCAAUGACAGGAUUACAUGGCAAGGAAAUUGUCAAUGGGAUUCGAUUAGCAGCGCAAUUUGGACUGAACAAGAGCACUGUAAGUCGAAUUUUGAAACGCAAGGAGGAGUUUAAAAAAGCUUAUUAUAAGGACAAUGUCUCGGGCUGUUCCAAGCAUAUUAACAAAAAGUCCAAGUUUGAUAAACUCAAUCGACUGGUUGAGAACUGGUUUGAUAUUCAUCGAGAAAAGAACGGGACAAUUACAGAUACUUUAAUCCGUGACGUUGGAAAAAAAUAUGCAGAUGAGCUAGGGAUUGAAGACUUUCGUGGAUCAAAUGGAUGGGUCCGUAGUUUGCGGAAUCGCAAGGAGCACACUACACGCAGUAGUGUGUCAAUUGAAGAACAGGAAGCAGAACAGAACAAAAAGGACAAUGAAGCCAUUGAGCGGAUGCGGAACAUAUUCCCUAAUGGUGUCAAGGAUAUGGCUGGUUUCUUUAAAGACCUCUCAACGUACUUGGAGAAGGAUGGUGCUGGCAUGGGCACCUUUGGAGAUCUAAGCGGCAAUACCACAUGUAACAACAAUAGCAGUGGCAGUGCAACAGAUGCUGCCGCUGUGUUGGAUGGUGCACCGUGUACGGAUAUGGACGACAACAUCCAUGGUGAAGAUGGUGGAUCGAUUGCUGAAGAGUGUCUCAAAAAGAAAAUGAUUGAUUCUUUACGCGUAUGGUCACAGGAGCUGAUGACAUCCGAGUUGGCGAAGCUUAAGAAGCGCAUGAAACCGCGACAGGCAGCUAUCCUAUAG